AUGGCCGACAGCGAGAAGCAGAUCAGGUCCUUGGGCCACGUACUGGUCACCGGCGGCUCAGGUUUCCUGGGACACCACAUUGUCUCGCUACUGUCCUCGCGGAAGGCAUGCUCGAAGCUCACAGUCUUGGACCUGAAACCGCCUGCGAAGCCCGUCGCUGGAGUCAACUACGAGCAAGGCGACUUGACCGACUACGUUGCGAUGCUCAAGUUCUUUGGCAAGCACAAGUUCGAUGGAGUCAUUCACACCGCAAGCCCGCUCAUGACGGCGAGCAGCAACAGGGAUCUAGCAUACAAAGUGAAUGUGGAGGGCACGAAGAACAUGAUUCGCGUUGCGCAAGAGACGGGCGUCAAGGCAUUUGUUUACACUAGCUCGGCCAGUGUGAUCCACGACACUACGAGCGAUCUGAUCAAUGCGAAUGAGACAUAUCCUCUGAUCAUGGGCAAGGAGCAGCCAGAGUACUAUACUACCACCAAGGCCCAGGCAGAGAUGCACGUGCUUGCGUCGAACCGCUCUCCAUCCCACCCCAAGCUCCUCACAACGGCUAUUCGACCCUCUGCGAUGUUUGGAGAAGGCGAUGUCCAGCUCAUUCCACCAGGUCUGAGUGCAUACUAUCGAGGACAGACAAAGUUCCAGAUCGGGGACAACGAGAACCUGUUCGACUUCACCGAAAUCACCAACGUAGCUCACGCCCAUCACCUUGCCCUUGCAGCAUUGAUGGCUACCAGAGAGCGAGAAGACGGCGGCCUCGCAGCACCGCUUAACCACGAGAAGGUCGAUGGUGAAGCCUUCUUCAUCACCAACGAUGCUCCAGUCUACUUCUUCGACUUUGCGCGUAUGUGCUGGGCAGCAGCAGGGGACAAGACAACACCAGCUCAAGUCUGGGUUUUGAGCAAGGACUUUGGUCUGUUCAUCGCGACGCUGAUGGAGUGGAUCUUCUUCUUGUUCAGACUAGGCAAGCCGAACUUGACCAGACGGGAAGUGAGAUAUACGUGCAUGACGAGGUACUACAACAUUGACAAAGCGAAGAGAAGGCUGGGAUAUCGGCCAUUGGUGAAGCUUGACGAAGGGAUACGGAAGGGUGUUGCCGAUGCGCUGUAUCGAGGUGUUGUAGUAGGGCAGCCGCCCGAGUUGAAAGGGAAGAAGAUACAGUAG